GAGAGGCGCUCUGGACACAGGCAGACACGAUGAACCCCCUAUUUGUCGGGAUCCUACUCAGCACCCUGCUGGGGGCUGCCUUGGGAAAUCGCAUGCGGUGCUACGACUGCGGUGGAGGCCCCAGCGGCUCCUGCCAAGAGACCGUGACCACUUGUGGAGAGGGCGAACGUUGUGGCUUCCUGGAGCGCAAACCCAAAGGGGACGUGGGACAGACCAAGCUGUCUGGAAACCCCUCAGUGACCUUGAUUCAUCAUCAUCCAGCCUGUGUGGCGGCCCAUCAUUGCAAUCGAGUGGAAACAGAAGUGGUGGGAGAGGUGACUUAUACGACCCACAGGGACUGCUGCGUCGGAGACCUGUGCAACAGUGCUGUGGCAAGCACUGCGGCCCCUGCAUGCCUCUUGGCCGCAGCGGCCACCACCCUGGUCUGGCUCCUGCCGGGACUGUGGAGAGGGUAGAGGGAGCCGGGGAAGGGAAGGGAGCAAUGGAGCAAGGGAACUAAGGCACUCUGAAGUGAGAAGACAAACACUCCUCUUUGAGCCAUUAAAAGCU